UCUUUCUUCUUUGGAAUCAUUUGACCAAAAGUACCCUAUGACCCAUCCUCUUUAUCAACGCCCUUUAUUUACUUCUCAUCUCUCUUUUUCUUCUCCUUUCUAACUAGUACUAUGACCGUUCAACUCAUGAUGGAAUACUACAGUAACCACACUUUAACAAACAAAUUCCAAGAGAAUGAUGCAGUUGAAGAAGCUGCUUCUGGUUUACAAACCAUAGAAAAGCUCAUAAAGUUACUAUCACCACCACAAUCAUGUUCUUCAAACGCAAAGCCUAGUUCCAUGGAAUCAGUAGAAACCAUUGCUGACGUAGCUGUUUCGAAGUUUAAGAAUGUUAUUUCCCUUCUGAGUCGAAACCGAACAAGAACCGGUCACGCUCGUUUCAGAAGAGCGCCUUUACCUUCUGAAACUAUAGUCUACCGAGCUACUCCGCUGCAGCAGAUUCCUCCUCUUGUCCCCACAAGUGAAGCGGUUGAGAAGAACAGGAUUAUUGAUUUCUCAUACUCUUCUGCUAAUUCAUUCAUGUCUUCUCUCACUGGUGAUGCUGUUUUUUCUUCGUUGGGAAAGCCUUGUGUUUCUUCGUGUUCGUUGAAGAGAAAGUGUGGCUCUGAUAAUUUUGGUUCUGGCAAGUGUGGUAGAAACUGUCAUUGUUCAAAGAAGAGAAAAAUGAGGUUGAGAAGAGUGGUGAGAGUAGCUGCAAUAAGCUUGAAGAUGGCUGAUAUUCCAACGGAUGAUUAUUCUUGGAGAAAGUAUGGUCAAAAACCAAUUAAAGGAUCACCUUAUCCAAGGGGUUAUUACAAGUGCAGCAGUGUUAAAGGAUGUCCAGCACGCAAACAUGUAGAAAGGGCUUUGGAUGAUCCAUCUAUGUUGGUAGUUACUUAUGAAGGAGAACACAAUCACUCACUCUCUGCAAUUGUGGCUAAUAAUCUCAUCCUAGAAUAGAAUCUUCUUGACUUUAGUUAACUACUUAACUAGUCUUUACGCCAAUGAUUGAUAACAACUUGUACAAUUGCAUCUUUUUACUCCUACCCGGCACAGCUUUUCUUGUACUACAAUAUUGGAUUCCUUUAGCUUUUCUUGUUUUCUUCACAAA